AUGGAUGAAUACUCACUUCAGAUGCACAAGGUUUGCAUGAACCUGUUUAAACUCAAGGGGGCGAAUCUUGGUGUAGACCCAGACAAAUUAUGCAGCAUCUAUCAAGAUGGCAUACGAGGAAUAAGAAUGAAUUACUAUCCACCUUGCCAGCAAGCAGACAAAGUUAUUGGCCUGACUCCGCACUCUGAUGCAACAAGACUGACCAUGUUAGUUCAGAUAAUGAGCAAUGGGGAAUAUGGCAGCAUUGAGCAUAGAGCUGUGGUGGAUUCCCACGAAGAAAGACUUUCAAUUGCUGCAUUUCACGGAACAAAUUUCACAGCAAAAGUUGGUCCUCUAGCAGAUCUUGUCAAAGAAAUUGGAGCACAAUACAAGACAAUAGAAACCGAGAGCCUUCUCAGACUGUAUCUAAGCAGCAAACUUGAUGGCAAAAGCUUACUGGAUCACAUGAGGAUAAACAAGUGA